CCUCACCGCCCCUUCGCCAAUCAUGUUCGGCUCCAUCGUCCGCCGAGCGGCCUCUUCUUCAGUCCAAGUAGGACGCAGCACAGCUUCCGCCUCAACUAACCUAGCUUCAGCUGCUCGUACUCGCGCUUCCACGCACAUUACGGGCGUACCCGUCCACCCGGCCCCGCUCGCUGCAUUGGAGAAGGUGUACGAUUCCACCCUCUCCCUCCUCAACACCCUCCCGCAAGAGUCCGUCUAUCGCAAUGCCACAUCUGCUGUAACAGAGUAUCGUCUGGCGGUGAUCAAGCAGAUCAAGGACCAGGAGAAGGCACAAGGCAGAAACGCGGAUAACGAGGAGGCAAUUGCCAAGUUCGAGGACAAGGUGGACCAGGGAUUGGUAGAGGAGGUGCUGAGUCAGGCGGAGCAUGAGCAGAAGCUGGUGGCCAAGAUGCUCGAGUGGCAGGCACACGAGCCUCUGGAGCACGCUCCGGCGCCUGGACAGUGGACUUACUUCAACAUGGCAGAGGAGAACGUGCCCGAGGGAGAGAUGAAGUAGCCGUGCCGCGUCGUAGAGAGAAUGCAAUCAACCCAAUAUCCCUG